AUGGGGCCGGACGGCGGCGGCGUCGGAGGGGUGAUCGGGGCCCUGGUCUACGGGGCGCUGGCGGUGGUGGCGCUGCGGCUGGUGCUGUCGUACAAGUCGGCGGCGCACGCGCUGCGGCGGGCGUGGCGGUGGGCGGACGAGUGGGCGCAGGCGUACCAGUACUACGAGGUGCCGCUUCUCGCCGGGGACGGCGGCGGCGCGGAGAACCCGCUGUUCCGGAAGGUGGCGGCGUACGUGGCGUCGCUGCCGUCGCUCGAGGACGCGGACGCCGCCUGCGUGCUGUCGUCGGCGGCCAAGAGCAACGACUUCGCGCUGCAGCUGGGGCCGGGCCACACCGCGCGGGACGCCUUCCUGGGCGCGCGCCUCGCGUGGACCAACGCCGGGGACGGCCGCCUCGUGCUGCGCGUGCGCCGCCACGACCGCACACGCGUGCUGCGGCCCUACCUGCAGCACCUCGAGUCCGUCGCCGACGAGAUGGAGGCGCGCCGCCGCGAGAUGCGGCUCUACGCCAACGCCACCGGCGAUUGCGCGCCGCGGUGGACGUCCGCGCCCUUCACCCACCCGGCCACGCUCGACACGGUGGCCAUGGACCCGGACCUCAAGGCCCGCGUCCGCGCCGACCUGGAGAGCUUCCUCAAGGGCCGCGCGUACUACCACCGCCUCGGCCGCGUCUGGCGCAGGAGCUACCUGCUCUACGGCGCUCCCGGCACGGGCAAGUCCACGUUCGCCGCCGCGAUGGCGAGGUUCCUGGGAUACGACGUCUACGACAUCGAUCUGUCCCGCGGCGGCUGCGACGACCUCCGCGCCCUGCUUCUGGACACCACCCCGCGGUCGCUCAUCCUCGUGGAGGACCUCGACCGCUACCUGCGCGGCGGCAGCGGCAACGGCGACGGCGAGACGGCGGCGGCGAGGACUGCGCGUGUGCUCAGCUUCAUGGACGGGCUCUCCUCGUGCUGCGGCGAGGAGCGCGUGAUGGUGUUCACCAUGAGCGGAGGCAAGGACGGCGUGGACCCGGCCGUGCUGCGGCCGGGGCGGCUCGACGUGCACAUCCACUUCACCAUGUGCGACUUCGAGGGAUUCAAGGCUCUGGCAAGCAACUACCUGGGGCUCAAGGACCACAAGCUGUACCCGCAGGUGGAGGAGGGGUUCCACGCCGGCGCCCGCCUCAGCCCCGCCGAGCUCGGCGAGAUCAUGCUCGCCAACCGCGGGUCCCCGAGCCGCGCGCUCCGCACCGUCAUCAGCGCGCUGCAGCACGUGGCGCCGUCACCGUCGUCAGCGCAGCCGCAGCGGACCAGCACCGCGGCGCGGCCGCCGAGGCUGACCUCGAGAUUGUCCGGGCACCUCGACGGGGCGAGCGCUGCGGCGUCGGAGGACGCCAGCGCGGCGGAGCAUUCGCCGCGGGGCGGGGGCGGGGGCGGGGGAGGUUUCGCCAAGGACGCGCCGAUCAGGGAGAUAAAAAAGCUCUACGGUCUGAUCAAGUACAGGAGCCGCAAGGACGCCGGCGUCGUGCCGGUGGACGACAGCGCGGCGUCGCCGAACGGACGGGGCAGCGACGUUAGCUCCGAGAAGGACCGGUGA